UUCGUUUUUCCGGAUAGCCGCGGUGUAUUGUCACAGCAAAAUGGUUCCCCCUGACAACUAUAAGGAAGUUGUGGUAGCUUGUCUGUUAUCGAACGCGGUGUUUUGUCGUUUCUGUCAUCGCCCGAGUUAUUAAAAUGGAUUCCAGCGUGUCUGAGAAUAAGACGUCUUACCCGUUGAGGCGAUCGAAGAGGCAAUCAUCGGGUAACGCGAACUCCAAAGCAUUGACUUUUGAACCGACCCCCAGAGGUCCUCUCAAGAGGACCAGAAAAGGGUUAAAAAACCAUACAGCUCCCGUUCCAGAUGUAAAUGGUUCCGGAGAUGCAGAGAGCGACUCUGGUGAUGAAGAAACGUCCCCGAGCAAGAGGAGCCGGGCGGAGACCGGCGGACCGGUGGAUGGCGGCGGGGAGGAGAAUGAGAUGGAUGUCCAGGAAUCCGAUGGAGAUCUGGGGAAACAAGCCGACCAUGAGAUGGAUAUUAUUCAAGAGUCCUCUCACGCUUCCCGUCAACCACCGACAGGCCAAGGCGACCUUCAGAAUGUGAAUUUGCACCCUUGUGUUAUGCUCGGCGAAUGCCACAGAUCCAGCGGUGCUGUAAAUGCAGAUGCGGACUGGAUGAAAACCAAGAGUGUAAAACCAUCAACCAAGGAACUUGUAGCUCCGACUAAGUCUGCCAGGCACAACGUGUUGGUCACCAGCAUGGCCGACUACAAGAAGACGAUGGAGGCGAAGGCCAAUGUCACUGGUAUACCAACAGUUAAGCAUCACGUCCCAAUUGUGUACCAAGCCUCAGAGCAAUGCUACACAACGCGAAAACGUGUGAAUAACGUUCCAACGCAAAGAUUAACUGCUCCGCACCAACAAAAAGAUGAGUGUUUCUCUUUUAAAGGCAAAAAGAAAACUGCGGUUAUCAACAAAAGCUCCGGAUAUUCUUGUAGAGGCUUCAUGUGGGUUUUAUGGCGCUUAGUUCUCCUGGGGCUGCUCUGUCCGGUCCUCUGGCUGGCAUACAAGACGAUUCCUCUACCCCAAAAGACUGCGGAUUGGGGAACACGUGCAUCCACGGCUGUGAAUCCUGAAAGGUUUGCUGAUCGUUUGUCUCUUCUUGAGACUCAGUUCUCCCGUCAGCGACCCGAGUUGUGGAGGAGGAGCAAGAUCCACCUGGAGAGGCACCUUAAGACAGCCCGUCCUAAAGAGCCGGUCAGUCUGAUCUUCACUGCGGGCCACGGGGCGGAGAGGACACUGCGCUGCCUGGCUGAGCGGCUCGCCGACGCCUUCUCGUCUGCCCUCAACGCCUCCGUCCUUCACAUCGAUGGAGCCGGUAAAGCCGGCCUGGACAGCGACCAGGUGAAGCUGGAUAUUGACAGCCAGCUGCAAGCAGCCUUCGAAGGAAACAAACAGGCGGCUGUCAUUCAUCGCUUCGAAGAGCUGCCUCCGGGCUCCACCCUCAUUUUCUAUCGCUACUGCGACCACGAGAACGCCGCAUACAAGCAGGCGUUCUUGUUGUUUACUGUGCUUCUUCCUCAAGAAGAGGUCACGGGGGACCUGAGUCUCAAGGACUUGGAGGAGAGGGUGCACGACUAUGUCAAGGGCAGGCUCGUGGACUCCAGCGACCAAGUCGGCUUCAAUGAGAUGGACAUUGACAAGUACGGGGGGCUGUGGAGCCGCAUCUCCCAUCUUAUCUUACCCGUAGUGUCUGAGAGGGAAGUGGAGCAUAACGGAUGCUGAUGGACCAGAGAAGUGACAUCUGAUAAUCAGUGUGUGCUGUUACACUUCACAUUUAAACAUGAGUUAAAAUAGUUGACUGCUGUAUUGAUCUCUGCCUGAGAUUAGGUUGUGCUCAAAAGUCCAUUGUUGACCAUUCUGUUUAAGUGCUCUCAAUAGUUCAUCCCUGAGUUUCUACACAUGCACGACGGGGCCACUGUUGCAGCAACCGCUUUCAAAUCUGAAAUACAUUUUCCCGUGGUGAUUAAGCUUACCAUAUUCCUAAUGUCCAUGUUCUGUAUAGACUCCUUUGUUGAACAGCUUUUAAAAAAAAAAGAAGAACUUUUUGUCAUCAAUCUGCAUUGAUUAAUUAGCCUGGGUACUCUAUUUGGGAACAAAUAAUGUCAAACUGGUGGCUUGCUUUAUACUUUGGUUUUAAUGCCCCGUGGAGAUGUGUCCCAUUGCUCAUUUAAUUAUCUUGUACACGAUGGGAUUUGCACUAUUCUUUAGCUUUCUCUAUCCUUCCUGUCAAGAGUGCUGGCUUUUAUUAAGAUAAAUAUGUUAUAUAUAUAUAUAUUUUUUUUCCUUUUUCUUUAUUAAUAUUUUAAUAUUUUUUUAUAUGUAUCGAAUUUAAAAGACUUGAAAUGUCAACUUUGGAACAUACAGGUUCUCACUAAGUGAUUUGAAUUUGUUAAAAUAAAACAUUGCUAAAUAUUCUACAAGUCACAAAGAUGUGCCUUAAACAGUUACAUGGAGAACAUUGUAGUAUAUUAAAAACACUUGUGAAUCAUUCUUUACUGUAUAUUAACAACCAUGGAACCCAAAUGAGGUUCCCUGCACUGAGUUUGUUUGGAUUUGUGCUAAUUACAUUUUUUAAAUGAGAGGAAGGUUCUUUUUUCCUGCCGCUCAUCUCUCUCAUUUGCUCACAUCAACAUGUUUAUAUUUUCAAUAAAGAUCAUUUUGAUAAUUCAAA